CAAAUAAACGGGAGAGAGAGCGAGCAUACUAGUAUUGCAUAUAUAUAUAUAAAUCUCUACUCGCAGUAUUCUGCAAAAAUUUUUUAUCAUAUUUCUCUGCUCCUUGUCUAUCUCUCUCUAUCUCGCAGGCUCCGUCUUCUCUCUGAGAUAGUUUUUGAGUCAAAAAUAUCUCAAUCAUCUUCUUUACUUCGAUAUUUCCUAAACCCUUCAUCUCUCUAUCUCUCCCCCCCUCCCCCCCCUUCAAUAGCAAGGGGAAUUUGGGUUUGGUGAGAAAGAUGCGAACUUUGAAACUGAUCGUUUGAGAAGAAAAACAUGCGAAUUCUGUGUGAUGCUUGUGAGAGCGCCGCCGCAAUUGUCUUUUGCGCCGCCGACGAAGCUGCUCUCUGUUGUUCCUGCGACGAAAAAGUUCAUAAGUGCAACAAGCUUGCUAGUCGACAUGUACGUGUAGGCUUAGCUGAUCCAAGCAAUGCCCCACGCUGUGACAUAUGCGAAAAUGCACCUGCAUUCUUUUACUGUGAGAUAGAUGGUAGUUCCCUUUGUCUACAAUGUGACAUGGUUGUACAUGUUGGUGGGAAGAGAACACACAGGCGUUUUCUAUUGCUGAGACAGAGGAUUGAGUUCCCAGGCGAUAAGCCUAAUCAUGCCGACCAAUUGGGAUUACGUUGUCAAAAGGGUUCUUCUGGUCGCGAUCAAGAAUCAAAUGGAAAUGGUGAUCAUGAUCACAAUAUGAUUGAUCUCAACUCCAACCCUCAAAGAGUACACGAGCCUGGAUCGAAUCACCAAGAGGGUAUUGAUGUAGAUAACGCAAACAAUCAUGAGCCUGAACAGUGAUCAUAGAUACACAAGAUCAAGUAAGAAACCUAUGCAAGAACACUAUCUUUAUAGACAAAUCUCUCUUUUGGUUUUGAAGAAAUCAGCUUAAAUGGCUUAGUGUAAACCAAUAAGAUGUUUUCUGGAUUUCUUCUCUUUUGCGAAAUGGUCAAUUAGAUAGUAGCAAAGCUUGGAAGAGAUUCUUGUGUAACGACGAAUCUUCAGAGUUAAAUCUCAAAUAAAAACUAUGAAAAAGCCAUUAAAGAAGAUGACUUCUUGGCUCAGUUUAAGUGAUCACCGUGAGCCAUUGCUAUUAUCAUCUUCUUCUCUCUCUCUCUCUCUCUCUCUGCCUAUUUUUGUUAACUCUGAGCUCACUCUGUUUUUGGAUUUUUUUUCUUAUAAAAAGAUGAGAUGAGAGUCACUCAUGACCUUGAAAUGCAAUCUCUCAUUAUUCAAGUUUCAAUAUUGUGUUUUGAUGUUUCUUGCUCCAUUUUUCUUGGAUACAAACAUAGGAUUCAUCAUUAACAUAAUGCUUGGUCUUUUGUAAUGUCAUUUUCUUGUAGUAGAUGAUGUGAUUUUU